UUUCACAAUAACGGGUCUUACGGACAAUGCGCUGCUGCGGCCACAUGAACUCUGCUUUAAUAGUCCUGCUUGCACUGGAAUACAGUCAGUUUCUUCUCAGACUUCAUGAAGUUAAGUGGUACUUGGUGUUCUGCAGCCGUAGCUCAAGUGUCAGUGAUGGUCUGAGGACUUGUCGAUGGGGGGACCAACUCCAAAGAUGGAUGCUCUGCUACUUUUGAUGUGCUUUUUGUACGUCCUGCCAGUGUGGAGCAUUUUUGAUGGCAUUUGUCCCAGAAAUGACCCUCCUCCUGGUGUGGUGGUUGUGUCUCCAGGAAGCAGGCUGGAACUGACCUGCAGCGGUCAUGUGAAGGUGAAUGGAGUGAAAGUCACCUUAACUAGAAAUGUCCCAAGUGGAAAUAAGAAAGGAUCUUCGUCAGAGCAAACUCCCACCACGCAGCAAGCUAGAAGAAACAGGGCUUUUACAAAAAGAAGUGAUAAAUCUUCUACAGUAAGCGAGAGAUUCCGCAUUCCCACCACGGCGACUGGAAUCAGCACUCUGCUAGGAGAAAACCGAAGCAGCGGAUAUUCAGACGUGGAACACGCCACUUCUCCACAAGUGGUCCAGCCAACCCCUCCCAGCAAAACCACAACAAAGGGGAUGUCAGACUGGGAGGAUAAAGAGAUGAAACUCCAGGCUGAAUAUAAAGACAAGGAGUCAGAGGAAAGCAGCAGAGCAACCAGAGAGGUUAAAAUGAGGCCUCAGUGGCAGUGGAACAAACAGCUGAUGGAGAGUACAAACAGAGACUGGGGAGGACUUGCAUUUCUGAGUGACGGGAGCGGCCUGUCUCUGAGUUCAGUACGACUGACGGACGCUGGGAAAUACACAUGUCAUCACAGGGGAGAAGAAACACUUGCUGUUAAGGUGAUUGUUGCAGAUCCUCCUGAGACUCCAAUUAUCUCUUGCUACAAGAAGUCGCCCAGGAGUAAAAUUCGCUGUGAAUGGAGACCUCAGAAACCAGUAAUCAAGCAACCUAACUGCUACCUUUUUCUGAGCAAAGAUUAUUUCCCUUAUGUAAAAAUAGAGAAUUUCCAGCAAAAGCGGUGCUCAUACUCACUUCAGCACUCCCGCUGUUGGUGUGCUCUGGAGCACAUUGAGAAGGAGCGGAGGCUGAACCAUGUGGCUUUCCUGUGUGUUACAAACUUCUUGGGCAACGCCACCAGUCCCCUGAUCUAUUUCACACCUCUGGAUAUUUUGAUGCCAGACCCCCCAUCUAAUGUGAUGGCCCACCCAGUGGAGAGACGAGAGAAAAUGAUAAAGGUGACCUGGAACUUACCAAUAACCUGGAAGGAGAAGGAUGACUUUUAUGACCUAACCUAUGAGGUCAGAUACAGACCUUCAAACUCUUCAAAUGAACAGGAAAAUACAAUUAGAAAACGCACGUACCUGAUUACUGACGCUCUGCCUGGUGUUGAGUACCUGAUUCAUCUCAGAGUUAGAGAAGAAUACGAUGGUCAUUGGAGCGAGUGGACUUCACCUGUCUCUGCCAGAAGUUGGACAGCUAAUAUAGAAGAAAAGAGUGAAAUGACGACCACAACGAUCGACUUGCCCUCCACUGAAGACUACUUCACUGGUUCUGGUUUUUCUGAUUACCCUCCUGAUAAAUCUCCCAUAACAGUUGAGUUAUGUGAGAACUCAUUUUCAUGCAACAUAUACUAUCAUGUUAUUUGGAUCUCUGCCGUUUUUGCCAUCAUGUGCUGCAUUUUGGCUGUCUACAUCUUCAGACACAAAGACAGGUAUUUGAACAAACUCUAUAGUCUAAAUAGUACCACCCACAGCGAGGCCUUGUGUCCACCUCGUCCUUCCAUCCCUUCGUCCUCGGAAGAAGAAGCCCUGGUGUCUGACUCUGGCCCGCAGCUCUACACACAGAGCGACACACAAGGAGACGGGGAAAUCGAGAAAGGACAAGCUGAGACGGACAGAUUAGAAGCCACAAAUUUCAACAACAAAAGUUACUUCUUCCUGCAGAUGUAGUUAUGAACGAACCAGUUUUAGAAAAUUAA